UGGUGGGACUGGAGCCACUUUGCAACAUAGCAGAGACGCUAGCAAAUCCUAACCUCUCUAAUUUGAGAAGAUAAAAGACUUUAGUGUAUUUUAAAAAAAGAUUAAAAUUCCGGAAAUCUCGUUGAACGUUUAUAAUGUCUAACAUAAUCAUGUCGGAAAUAUUCACAUCGUUCCAAGAUUAUUUGCACUCAGAACAAAAUAUGCGAGAGGAGAUACGCAACAUUGUCAAAGAAAUUGAAAAAUACGCCCGGGAAAUACUGACCGUGUUACAAGUAAUACAUCAGGAAAACAGUGGUCCAGAAAUUGGAGCUUCUUGUCACAAGGCGAGGCAACUAUUUGAGGAGGUCCGAGCGAAUUAUAAGAAACUGGGGGCAGUUAUUCCACCUGGUCAAUAUUACAGAUUCAACGAUCACUGGCGAUAUGUGACACAGAGAUUGUGCUUUUUAGCAGCUCUUACCGUAUUUUUGGAAGCCGGAUUUUUAGUCUCAAUGUCCACAGUUGCCGAAAUAUUAGGAAUAAAUAUGCAGGCGCGUGAAGGAUUUCACUUGGACUUGGAGGACUAUUUAAUGGGAAUUUUGCAAUUGUGCUCAGAGCUUGCACGGUUUGCUGUAAACGCAGUUACUAGUGGCGAUUAUAAUCGACCGAUGGAAAUUUCCAAGUUUGUGGGUGAUUUGAAUGCCGGUUUUCGACUGUUAAAUUUAAAAAAUGACUCGUUAAGAAAACGUUUUGAUGCAUUGAAAUACGACGUAAAGAAAAUCGAAGAAGUGGUUUACGACCUGAGCAUUCGAGGUUUAAAACCGGGUACACACAGCACAGAGGCGCCUGUCGAGUGAAUGGAUUUUUGAAAUAUAAAUUACGCUUUGUUUUAGUUUUUUUAAAUAAAGAUUUUUUGCAUUA